CGUAACGUUUUGGCGCGCAUCCGACACCAUUUCUUUUGCAUACGCGCAUCUGUUCGCAUUCGAGAUCGGUUUGGGUUCAGUUGGUUGUUGAGUUUUUCUGGUGAAAUUUUGUUAGCUGUUACUUUAUUUGCUCAUUUAUAUCACGCUCAUUUUACAUUUAUACACAUUUACGCAAGUGUUGGAAGAAUUUUAUCAAAAUGCAACGAGAUUACGCUGCGGAUAAGGAAACCAUAAAAUCCUUUCUAGCUGAGUUUCAUAAAGAAGACGACGAUGGAAAGAAAGUGUUUGUGUAUGCUCGUCAAAUGACCAAUAUUGCCCAUCGCGAACAGGUGGGACUGACUAUUGAUUUAGACGAUGUGUCCAGCUACAAUGAUCAGUUGGCCGAAGCUAUACAGAAAAACGCCAGACGUUAUGUCAAGCUGUUUUCGGAUACUGUCUUCGAGCUUUUGCCAUCCUACAAGGAGAGAGAGGUUAUUAACAAGGACCCGUUGGAUAUUUACAUUGAACAUCGUUUGUUGAUGCAGUCCCGUACUAGAACCCCCAACGAACCAAGAGAAGCUCGAAACUCAAUUCCUGCCGAACUCGUCAAGCGAUUCGAAAUCUAUUUCAAAGCCCCAAGCGUCUCGAAAGCGGUGUCCAUUCGCGAAGUAAAAGCCGACAGCAUCGGAAAGCUUGUGACGCUUCGUGGUAUUGUUACCAGAUGUACCGAAGUGAAGCCAAUGAUGACGGUUGCUACUUAUACCUGUGACCGCUGUGGUGCCGAGACCUAUCAACCGGUAUCAUCAAUGAGCUUUAUGCCAACGGUGGAUUGCCCUUCGGAGGAUUGCCGUGUUAACAAAGCUGGUGGUCGCUUGUAUCUGCAGACUCGCGGCUCGAAAUUUAUGAAGUUCCAGGAAUUGAAGAUUCAAGAGCAUAGCGAUCAAGUGCCGGUUGGCCACAUCCCUCGCUCAUUGACUAUUAUGUGCCGAGGAGAAACCACACGAAUGGCUCAACCAGGAGAUCAUGUUGUUAUCAGCGGAAUAUUUUUACCUAUUCAACGGAGUGGAUUCAAAGCCAUGGUCUCGGGUUUGUUGAGCGAAACUUUCCUGGAGGCGCAUAGAAUAGCAUGUUUGAAUAAAUCGGAUGACGGUGACCUCAGCAACGAACUGAGUCAAGACGAGCUAACGGAAUUGGCCAAAGAUGAUUUCUACACUAGAAUUGCUAGCAGUUUGGCUCCGGAAAUUUACGGACACUUGGAUGUUAAGAAAGCUCUACUGUUACUGUUGGUUGGCGGAGUUGAUCGCAGUCCUGAUGGCAUGAAGAUUCGUGGUAACAUUAACAUUUGCUUGAUGGGAGAUCCCGGUGUGGCAAAGUCGCAACUUUUGGGAUAUAUUGAUCGUUUGGCUGUCCGUAGUCAGUAUACAACUGGUCGGGGAUCCUCCGGCGUUGGUUUGACGGCUGCGGUCAUGAAAGAUCCAUUGACCGGUGAAAUGCUCCUCGAAGGUGGGGCUCUAGUAUUGGCUGAUCAAGGAGUUUGCUGCAUCGACGAGUUUGACAAAAUGGCUGACACCGAUCGCGUUGCCAUCCAUGAAGUUAUGGAACAGCAAACGAUUUCUAUUGCUAAAGCUGGUAUCAUGACUUGCUUGAAUGCUCGCGUUUCGAUUCUAGCAGCCGCUAAUCCUGCCUACGGCCGUUACAAUCCACGUCGUACGAUUGAACAGAAUAUUCAACUGCCCGCUGCACUUCUGUCGCGUUUUGAUCUUCUUUGGUUAAUUCAGGACAAACCCGAUCGCGACAAUGAUCUUCGGUUGGCCAAACAUAUCACCUUCGUGCAUAGCCAUGGUAAACAACCACCGUCUCGCAUCAAAACGCUUGACAUGUCACUGAUACGUCGAUACAUCGCUCUUUGUAAGCGUAAAACCCCGGUAAUCACUCCCGAACUGUCCGAUUACAUUGUCAAUGCCUACGUAGAAUUGCGCCGUGAAGCUCGCAAUAAUCGUGAUAUGACUUUCACAUCGGCCAGAAACUUAUUAGGAAUAUUGCGCUUGUCGACUGCCUUGGCUCGUCUGCGGUUGGCCGAUGAAGUUGACAAGGAUGACGUGUUGGAAGCCUUGCGUCUGCUAGAAAUGUCGAAGGAUUCACUAAAUCAAACCGAGCAGAAGACUACUCACGUUCAGAACACAUCGGACAAAAUCUUCGCCCUGGUUCGUGAAUUGGCGGGUGCGAGCAAAACGGUAAAAAUCUCGGAUGUAAUGGAACGUUGCACCACCAAGGGCUACAAACCUGACCAGGUCGACGCAUGCAUCGAGGAGUACGAGGAACUCAACGUUUGGCAAGUGAAUCAGACCAGGACGAAGCUGACGUUUAUUUGAAUAAACUUUUUAAUUUGUAUUUGAUAUUGUAUCAAUAUUGUCUUGUUUCGAAUAUAAUUUUACACUAGUUAGAAAA